AUGAAGAGCGCCCGCUCCUCGGGUCCUCCAGCAGCAGCAGCAGAAGAUGAUGCUGCAGCAGCAGCAGCAGUCGAGGCGCGCGGGUUUUGCCUCCCCUGCUGCUACCCAGCAGCAGAAACAGCAGCAGCAGCAGCAGCAGCAGCAACUUCGUUUGAGCUGCAGGAGGAGACAAAGAAGGAGACUUUGUUAGUGGAUGAAGCAACAGUGGAGCGUUUGCCAACAAAGCUUUUAAAUGAAUUAAUUGAAGAUGCUGUCAAAGACAAAACAAAAACAAAAGUCCAAAGAGAAAACUCUUUUAGUGUUUCCAAAGGAAUUGUUUCCUUCGCCUCCUUCCUCGUUUCCGAGUCUUACCGCGAGCAGCAGCAGCAGCAGCAGCAGCAGGAAGCAGGGGAAGAGGAGGGGCAGCAGCAGCAGCAGCAGCAGCAAAAAGACGCCGCCGCCCCCCAGCAGCAGCAGCAGCAGCAGCAGCAGCUGUCGGACGUGCCGCAGCCGCUGAGUGCCUUCUUGCCUCCUUCUCCUUUCUUUGUCUUUGAUGGCCAACUUGGAAUUGACGUAAAAGCAUUUAAAAUGGAUUUCCAACAAAACCCUAAUUUUGUUCCCUCUUUUUACAUCCCCGAAGGCGAAAACUACUCCCCCACAGAGUCCCAAACCCUAAAAAAGGGUUUAUCCCGCGCCACGCAAAUCGACCUCUUCGGGGAGGAGGACUUGGCCUUCAUCGCCGACGGAGACAAUUAA